AUGAACAAAUUCUUGGAAAUCGAAUCUGUCCCAAAUGCUACAACCUUAUCUAUCGAUGAUCAAAAAGUCGAAAAUUUCUACCUUCAAGCAACAAAAAGAAAUUGUGAUGGUAGAUACAUAGUUAAUUUGCCUUAUAAGAAGGAUAGAAUUUUAGGAAAUUCUCGGAAUCAGGCAAAACAGCGAUUUUUUUCAUUGGAAGAAAGGUUUCGCGAUAACCCUAAAUUCAGAAAUCAAUGCAUUAAUUUCAUAAGGGAAUAUCAAGAUCUGGGACAUGUGCAACUUGUUCCGAAUUAUGAAUUUUCCAAACCAACUUCAGAGUGCUUCUAUUUGCCACAUUUUGGUAUCAUUCGAGAAGAGAGUGAGACAACCAAAUUGCGUGUUGUCUUUGAUGCAUCUGCAAAAUCCGAGGCAGGCAUUUCUCUUAAUGACGUUCUUCAUUUUGGUCCGAAACUACAAGAGGAACUAUUUAAUGUUCUCUUAAAAUUCAGAUGCUAUCCUGUUGCACUAACCAGUGACAUUGAGAAAAUGUUCCGUCAAAUUCAGAUCGAGCCAGAGUGGUUCAGAGAAAAAGCAUUUGCCUUCCAAUGA